GAUUGUACAAUGUGAAGAGUGAAGCACAAACAUAUUAUCAGCAAUUAGAGUCAGUCGUAGUAAUAUCGUCUUCAAGAUGAGAUUCGUGGUUGUUGUCAGCGUAUUAUUUGUUGGAGCAGCUGUUUCGUCACCAAUUCUAUCUAAUAAACCGACUAACAAUACUGAGGUAGAGGAUGAACAGGAUUGGCAUCUGGUUCCUGAUGGGGACGGAAAGUUGCAUAUAGUCAACAUACACGAUGGCAAUGAUAUCGACAUCGAACCGAAUUUCGUUGCAUUCGAUCAAGUAGUAUUCCGUCUCUUUACGCGAAACAAUCCAACCAAUGCCCAAACUAUUACCAUAUUCAAUGAUGCCCAAUUGACGAACAGUUUUUUCCUUCCAUCACGCCAAACAAGAUUCACCAUCCACGGUUGGAAUUUCGGGGGACCUAUGGCUGGAGCAUUUUUGAGAAGUGCAUGGCUUGAUCGAGGCGAUUUUAACGUUUUUACCGUAGACUGGGGCACGGGAGCGAUAACUCCUAACUAUGCAUUGGCACGUGGACGUGUAAAUGCUGUCGGUGCAGUAGUUGCCCAAUUCAUUGAUUGGUUAAACAUUCGUGGCGUUCCAUUUGCCAAUAUUUUAGUUAGUGGCCACAGUUUGGGGGCACACUGCGCGGGAGCAGCAGGAAAGAGAGUAACUAGAGGAACUUUAGCAGCCAUCGUAGCCAUCGAUCCUGCUGGUCCACUCUUUUCGAUCGAUAAUCCACAAGAUAGAGUACACCAUACCGAUGCUGUUUACGUCGAGAGUAUACUUACCGACAUUGACCAAUUAGCAUUUUCAAUGCCCAUCGCUCAUGCUAGUUUUUAUCCGAAUUGGGGUACAAGUCAGCCGGGAUGCGAAGGAAUGGACGUAGGUGGCUUUUGUUCUCAUAUGUUGGCGAAUGACUUUUAUGUUGAGUCGAUCAAUCCAGCCAAUGUGUUUGGUGCUACUCGUUGUCGUGAUUUUAAUGAUAUUCGCACCCGAAACUGUGUGUCAAGUGGUCAAAGCCGACGAUUGGGCGGCGAGCCUGUGUUCGAUGGUCCUAGUGUACCCGGCAGCGUGUUCUUCUUGACAACUCAUGCUGCUCGUCCGUUCGCCCAGGGACCACGAUAAUCGGAACAAUGGAAACUGAUUUCGCUUUCAAUGAAAACUUGUAAAGGUUCAACUCGACUUGUCGUGUUAUUGGAGUGCAGAAUGAAUAAAUCACGAUUGCAUUUCACAUUAAUCA